CAUCCCAUUCAUGCAGUAGCUACAGCCUCCUUAUCUCCUCCUUGCUCUUGGCACUCUUCUUUUCAUGCAAUGCAACUCAAUGUUCUGAUGAUCAGGAAGUUCCAAAGGUGUACAUUGUGUACAUGGGCGCUGCUGACCAGCAUCAUAGCCAUUUGCUGUCUAGCCGCCAUGCACAAAUGCUCGCAUCUGUGUCCAACAGAAGUGUGGAAUCAGCCAUGGAAACUAUUGUCCACAGCUACACCCAAGCGAUCAAUGGCUUUGCCGCAGAGAUGCUCCCAAGCCAAGCGUUUAUGCUACAACAGAUGCCAGGUGUGGUUUCUGUGUUUGAGGACUACACAAUGUCCCUCCAAACAACCCGUUCAAUGAACUUCAUAGGCCUGAGGACGCAUUCGGAAACGCCGCAGCAAACUCGCUGUGGAAGAAGACGAAGGGUGAAAACAUGAUAAUUGGAGUACUGGACUCGGGGGUCUGGCCAGAGUCGGCGAGCUUCAGCGACGCCGGGCUGCCGGCUUCCCUUCCUGCGAAGUGGCGAGGCAGCUGUGCCUCAAGCGCCUCCUUCCAAUGCAACAGGAAAGUGAUUGGCGCGCGCUAUUACGGAAAAUCUGGAAUCGCCGCCCCGACUCCUCGCGAUACAACUGGGCAUGGAUCUCACGUCUCCUCCAUAGCCGCAGGAGCUCCUGUCGCCGGCGUCAACGAACUAGGGCUUGCGCGAGGCAUCGCAAAGGGCGUCGCGCCCCAGGCUCGAAUUGCCGUGUACAAGAUCUGCUGGGACGAAAGAACAUGCUCGGCCGCCAAUGUUCUCAAGGGAUGGGACGAUGCAAUUGGCGAUGGUGUGGACGUGAUCAACUUCUCGGUGGGAAACAGAAAAGGUUCCUACUGGUCUGACGUUGCCUCCAUCGGUGGCUUCCAUGCCACGCAGAGGGGGAUCGUGGUGGUCGCGGCUGCUAUGAAUGGUGACGCCGGGUGUGUUGUCCAGAACACUGCGCCGUGGGUGAUGACCGUCGCUGCGAGCACGACCGAUCGACGCCUCCCGUGCAACGUCGUCCUGGGAGAUGGUUCAGUAUACCAGGGAUCCAGCCUCGCCAAUUUCGAUCUCGGCAAUACUUUCUAUCCUCUGGUGUAUGGAGGGGACAUACCUGCGAAGCCUACAACUUCACCCGCAAGUGCUGCCGGCUGCUCCCCUGGAGCUCUGGAUCCUGCCAAAGCACGGGGAAAGAUAAUCUUUUGCGGCGCUCCAGAGCCAUCCAGCGAUCCUAUCAAAUAUGUCACUGAUGGAAUGAAAGCUAUUGGUGCCAUUGGCUUCAUUGUGGGAAACAACGCAGUUGGCAAGGAGAGAUUGCUGUCACUCAGAUUCACGAUGCCUGCUACUCAAGUUGGAAACAAAGCUGCAAAUUCGAUUUCUUCCUACAUCAAGUCAAGCAGGUAAGCGAGCUUUGCUCGA